AAGUGCAAAAAUGGCCUUACGAUUUCCCUGCUUCCAGUGAGUUUCCACCGUCGGAUCAACGGGGUAAUGUUAGUGGUAGAAUACAGGUUCGAGAUAGGUACGUUAUAGUGAAGAUUGCAUUCCGGGAAAGGGUGCUUAUGUAGGCUUGGCACCACCAGGAGAUGCUGGAUCCUUUCAAAGAGAUUGCAAGGUUUAGGCAGUAUGGGUUAUGGGAAAGAUAUGCAGAUUUAUAUCCUGAUCAAGACUUAAUUUACACUAUUGGCACCAGCGACUAUGCUAAAGAUUGGUUCUUCGCUCAGGUUACCAGGAAGAAAGAUGAUGACACAUAUGAAGGCAAUACAUGGCAGAUCAAGUUUCACCUAGACAAUGUCAAUCAGAGUGGAACCUUCAAACUUCAAAUCUCCCUCGCUACAGCGAAUAUCGCAGAACUACAGAUUCGGAUAAAUGACCCGAAAGCAGACCCUCCUCUGUUUACAACUGGAGUGAUUGGAAAGGACAACACAAUUCUAAGGCAUGGAAUUCAUGGCUUCUACUGGCUGUAUAGCAUAGACAUACCAGCCACAUUGCUUGUGGAAGGAAACAAUACACUGUUUCUAACACAACCAAUUAGCAACAGCCCUUUGGCCGCUUUCCAUGGACUCAUGUAUGACUAUAUUCGUUUAGAAGGUCCACCAUCUUCUACUUCCACUAGAGGUGUCAAACCAGCAAAUAUGGCACCAAACACACCAUUGGAUUAGUGUUAUUCUCUCUGAUUUCUUGUAAUCCAAUACGAUCCAAUUCUAUCACGUAAUCCGA